AUGCCGCAUCCGAUAUCGAAUAGCGUCUUUGCGCGCACAAGCCUGACAACAUGUGAUGUCUUCAUUAUGGCCCUAGGGUAUAUGGACGCUAGAACAAUGCCGUCGCCAGAACAACUUAUCGAAAGCGCCAGCCCUUGGUUUCUGGACGCCGAAACGGUGUGGUGGCGCAAGUUC